AUGAUCCCUCCGAGCGGCGUGGACGGGCUGCCCAAGGAGCCGGCGAGCGCCCAGCAGCCGCCCUCUCCCGCGUCCACCAGCAGCCAGGAAUCCAAGCUCCAGAAACUAAAACGAUCACUUUCUUUCAAGACCAAGAGUUUACGCAGCAAAAGUGCUGACAACUUCUUCCAGCAAACCAACAGCGACAUGAAGCUGCCAGCAGACGUGCUGGCCGAGGUCAGCCCCUGCUCCAGCCCACUCCCUGCUCCAGGAAGCCUGACGUCCACGCCCACCAGGGCCAGCCUGCACCCCAGCAGCGGCAAGGCCCAUGCCUUUCAGGAGCACAUCUUCAAGAAGCCCACUUUCUGUGAUGUCUGCAACCACAUGAUCGUGGGAACCAAUGCCAAGCAUGGACUGCGCUGCAAGGCCUGUAAGAUGAGCAUCCACCACAAGUGCACUGACGGCCUCACACCCCAGCGGUGCAUGGGCAAGCUGCCAAAGGGAUUUCGGCGUUACUACAGUUCCCCAUUGCUCAUCCACGAACAGUUUGGAUGCAUUAAAGAAGUUAUGCCCAUUGCCUGUGGCAAUAAGGUGGACCCUGUCUACGAGACCCUGCGCUUCGGCACCUCCCUGGCCCAGAGGAUGAAGAAGGGCAGCUCUGGCAGUGGCUCGGACUCCCCCCACAGAACCUCUACUUCCGACCUGGUGGAGGUUCCCGAGGAGGCUGAUGGGCCAGGAAGCGGGUACGACCUGCGGAGACGCAGCAACAGUGUGUUUACAUACCCAGAAAACGGCGCGGACGAUUUCAGAGACCAAGCAAAGAACAUAAACCACCAGGGACAGCUUUCCAAAGACCCAUUACAAAUGAACACCUAUGUUGCCUUGUACAAGUUUGUACCACAGGAGAAUGAAGAUUUGGAAAUGAGGCCAGGAGACAUGAUCACUCUUCUAGAGGAUUCCAAUGAAGACUGGUGGAAAGGGAAAAUUGAAGACAGGAUUGGCUUUUUUCCAGCCAACUUUGUUCAGAGAGUACAACAAAAUGAGAAGAUUUUCAGAUGUGUCAGAACGUUCAUUGGAUGUAAGGAACAAGGACAGAUAACACUGAAAGAGAAUCAGAUCUGCGUGACUUCUGAAGACGAGCGAGACGGCUUCGUCAGAGUCCUCAGCGGGAAGAAAAGAGGCCUUGUCCCCCUCGACGUCCUAGAAAACAUCUGA